AUGGCGCCAGCAGGCACGAAGGCAGCACCACCAGGCUCGGGCAUUCCGCCUAAGCCCCAGUCGAUCCCUCCCAACCAGACGCUCUACGUGCGCGGCAUACCAUCAGCCAAGAUCCAGAAGGAAGAUUUACGGACGGCACUCUAUUUGCUCUUCUCCACCUACGGACCAGUUCUCGAUGUCGUCGCACUCAAGACCAUGAGCAUGAGAGGCCAGGCGCACAUCGUCUACCGCGAUAUACAAACUGCAACACAGGCCAUGAGGGCGUUGGAUGGGUUUAAUUUCCUGGGACACGAGAUGAAAGUAGCAUACGCCAAGUCAAAGUCAAACGUUGUUGCGAAACUCGACGGGUCCUUCAACAUUCCAACGUCCGCGACCCAGCAGGCGGAGAGAACCGACCUACAGGAAAGCAUAUUCAGCGCUCCACUCCCUGGCUCAGCCCCAGCGGCUGCUCCGUCUGCGCCGUCAGGCCUGCCUACGAAACCGCCCGCUGCCGCUGACCACUCGACGGCCGGCGCGAGCGACGCAGACAACCGAGGACAGAAACGGCCACGGGAGGAGGAAGAGGACGAGGAGGACAGCGAUGUGGCAAUGGAGGAGGACAGCGAUGACGACUGA